AUGCAGUUCACCACCUCCACUAUCGCCCUCGUCGCCGCCCUGAUGGCCUCGCACGCCUCCGGCAUGCCCACCACGCUCAUGGCUCGCGCCGACACCUGCGGCGCCACCCCCAGCGCCAGCGGCAGCCAGACACCCCUCUCUUCGCCGACUGCCUCCACGGCCGACGCCUGCCAGGCUCUCUGCGAGGCCGAUGCCAACUGCAAAUCCUUCGUCUUUGGCCUGCCCACCAACGCCGAUGCCCCCACCUGCGAACUCUUCUCCGUAGCCGCUGCCCAGGUCCCCGCGCAGGCCACUAACUUGGUCGUCUACGAUGUCGGCUGCGGUAGUGUUCCUAACACUGAGCCUACCGCCGCUGCUCCCCAUGGCGAGCUCGCCAACAUUGGAUCUGACACUGGAGCCACCACUGGAGAGACUGGCACUGCCGCUGGCCAGGAGCAGCAGCAACAACAACAACAACAGAAGCGUGACAUCUGCGGUGCCAAGCCCACGGGCUCUGGUUCUGCCCCUACUCCCCUUAAGUCCAACGCCGCAAUUACUUCGUCCGACGCCUGCCUAGCUCUGGGCCAGAGCACCAACGGCUGCAAAUCCAUCGAGUUCGGCACCUUCAACGCCGGCGAGGCCAAGGAAUGCCGCCUGUUCAACGUCGCUGCCGCCCAGCUUCCUCCACCCACCAACGGCCAGAGCUUCGUCGCUUUCGAUGUUGGCUGCUAAGCGGCUCGCUUCAUACCGGCAACCUCAUCAACCGGUCAAUUUUCUAUGCCUUUGCAAAGAUGAAAUGGGGUUUUCUCUUUCGUAGUAUGAGUGUUUUCGGUCAACAGGAGAAUCACUCGAGGCGGUGGAAAGGUGGAAAUAUUGCAUGAUUGGAUAGAUGGUAGCAUUACAAGGGCGCUAUAUUUGGUAUGGCUUGGUCGCAUCGGACCGGAUAGGAUUUAAGGCCUUGUGCCUAU